AUGAGCUUUCAAGAAUAUGCCAAACACCAAGUCCCCUCUCAAGGUGUGGCAGCAGCCAUUUUUCAGCUCAAUACUUCUGUUGCUGCUUUUCGACGUUUGGUGGAUGCUGUCGGAACCGCCAAGGACACUCCCGAUCACCGCCGCAAGCUGCAUGAAAGCAGACAACGAAUACUUCAGAUAGUGAAAGUUACUACAGCUCAGCUGAAAUCCUUAACUCAGUCUGAUAAGACUCACCAUCACCAUUUUUCAGCUACUUCUAAGAUUAAGAAGAUAGAAGAUGUGAAGCUUGCAAAAGAUUUCAAAACAGUGUUACAAGAAUUCCAAAAUGUCCAAAACCUUGCCUCUCAGAGGGAAUCUUCUUAUACUCCUACUUCAUUAUCACCAUCAUCCUUUGAAACAACCAUACCUGAAUCUACUGAGGAUCCCCAGUCUUCCCACCAACCUUUCCUUCAGGAGCACCAAAGGCAGGAAGUAGUUGUAAUGUACAAUGAUAUUGUUUUAAAUGAAGCCCUUAUUGAGGAAAGGGAACAGGACAUGAAAGAAAUACAAUUCCAAAUUAAAGAAACAAAUGAGAUUUUCAAGGACCUUGCUGUUCUUGUCCAUGACCAAGGCAUAGUUAUUGAAGAAGUUAAUACAAACUUGGACUCUGCCUCUAUUGCCACUACUGAAGCUAAUUCUCAACUGGCCAAGGCUUCCAAAAGUAUCAAAUCCUUAUGUUCUUGGGUGGUGGAUGGUGGUGGUUCUUGUGCUGGUCUUGGUUAUCUUUCUACUUGUCCUUAUCUUAUAAUAACAACAGUCUUUUAA